AUGGAGAGCCAGCGGCUGUCCUCCUACGGGCGCCGCUUCGGCACCUCCGCCGCUGUCCCGGUGCCCCGCGCCAGCCCCGGGCGCUGGGGGCCACCCGCCGGUUCCUCGGCCCGGCUCGUGCCCUCCCGGACCAGGAGCGUCCACCUCGGCGUCCGCUCCAGCCCCCGCCUGGGGCUGGGCAAGAUGGACUUCUCGUUGGCUGAAGCGCUCAACUCGGAGUUCAGGGAGACGCGCACCAACGAAAAGGUGGAGAUGAUGGAGCUCAACGACCGCUUCGCCAGCUACAUCGAGAAGGUCCGGCUCCUGGAGCAGCAGAACAAGGUGCUGGUGGUGGAGCUCAACCAGGCGCGAGACCAGGAGCCCUCGCGCCUGGCCGACGUCUACCAGGAGGAGCUCCGUGACCUGCGGCACCACGUGGAGCAGCUCACCACCGCCAAGGCUCGCCUGGAGAUCGAGAGAGACAACCUCACUGAGGACCUUGGUGGCCUCCGGCAAAAGCUCCAGGACGAGGUGACCCUGCGGCUGGAGGCCGAGAGCACCCUGGCUGCCUACAGGCAGGACGUGGAUGCUGCCGCACUGGCUCGUCUGGACUUGGAGCGCAGGGUCAGCUCCCUGCAGGAGGAGAUCACCUUCCUGAGGAAGGUCCACGAUGAGGAGCUGCGCGAGCUGCAGGAGCAGCUGGCCCAGCACCAGGUGCACAUCGAGAUGGACGUGAGCAAGCCGGACCUGACGACGGCCCUGCGGGAGAUCCGCACGCAGUACGAGUCCAUGGCGGCCAGCAACAUGCAGGAGACCGAGGAGUGGUACAAGUCCAAGUUUGCGGACCUGACAGAUGCGGCGGCCCGGCACGCAGAGGCCCUGCGCCUGGCCAAGCAGGAGGCCAACGACUACCGGCGCCAGCUCCAGGCCCUCACGUGCGACCUGGAGGCUCUGAGAGGCUCGAAUGAGUCCUUGGAGAGGCAGCUGCGGGAGAUGGAGGACCGCUACGCCUUGGAGACGGCUGGCUACCAGGACACGGUCAUGCGGCUGGAGGAGGACAUCCGCAGCCUCAAGGAGGAGAUGGCACGGCACCUGCAGGAGUACCAAGACCUGCUCAACGUCAAGCUGGCCCUGGACAUUGAGAUUGCCACAUACCGCAAGCUGCUGGAGGGCGAGGAGAGCAGGAUCACCAUACCUGUGCAGACCUUCUCCAACUUGCAGAUCCGAGAGACUAGCCUGGACACCAAAUCUGUGUCAGAAGCUCACCUGAAGAGGAGCAUCGUGGUCAAAACUGUGGAGACCAGAGAUGGAGAGGUGAUCAAGGAGUCCAAGCAGGAGCACAAGGAGGUGGUGUAGGCUGGGGAAGACACCGGCGGACACUAGCAGCAGACGCACGCUUGUAGCUGUAGCUAUGUAGAUCCUGGUUGCUGUCCCAUGCCCAGCUGCUGUGAGGGAGCCCUGUGGCCAGGCAUGGGUCACUGCCUCGAUGGUCCAACUGGAGGAGCUGGUGGUCCUGACAUCUGGGCUGUGCUUUGGCUGGGACAUUUCUCCCUGGGGCACAGGGACCCCGCUGAUGCCUGUUCCCUGUGCAGGGGCUUGGCAAAACACCCCCGCUGACCACGCACUGUGCAGGGAGGAGCCGGGUGUUACAGGGCAGAGGCGAGCGGUGCUCAGGCAGAGCCAAGCUCUCCUCGCCCAGGAUGCUGCUGAGCUUCCAUGAUGCAGAGAGGUCAAGGUUUUGGAGGGGCUGUGCCAGCAUUUGCUUUGGAUAUCUGGCUUGGCCAAUGUCCGGGGAGGGAACCUGUCCUGUCUACAUCUCUGUGCACAAAGAGCAUCUCUCCCUGCAUCCUGCCUUGCUACCUGCCCUCUGCACUGCGAGGCCACCCUCAGGCUCCCCAGUGUGUCCAGAUCCUGAGCAUCAUGGAGGAGUUUGAGGGGACGAGGUACUGGCCGGCAAGGGACCUUUCCCCAUCAGUGAGCAUCAGGCUUAGCCAAGAACAGAAAGGGGAGGAUCGAACUGCGCAAGGAAAACAUGGUGCUGUUGGGAUGCUGCAAAGCAGUGAUGAAACUGGGAUAAAGAGGAGUGUCAGGAACUCUGGUUCCAGUGGCUGGAGUGAUGGUGGGCAUGGCCAUAUGGGGUACAGUGGGGUGGGUUGGCUGUAGUGGCAUUCCCUGGCAUGGAGCCACGUGAUUCCAAUGGGGUAUCCACCACCAAGUUGCCUCCAUCACCAUGAUGGGGAAAACAGUUUCCGGGGCUCAUGGCAAAGGGUCAUGCAAUGCCAUGUGCCUGGUCCCUCGCUUGGGAGGUUCCUACGCAGGUGAAAAUGAAGAGGAGAGGAGUGAAAGGCGGAGAGACGACGAGGAGGAGGAGAUCGAGGGUGUCCAGGGACCCAGGGGUGCUCUCAGGAGCAGGAGGUGCUUGGGAAGGAAGGCUGGAGCCAUUCUCAUUCUGCCUGUCCCACCUGGGCUUGCAGUACAAGUCCCACCACUGUUUUCCCACCGUGGUGAGAUGGGGACCUGGCUCUGCACGAGCUUUAAUCCCUGCCGUGCCUGGCUCCCCAUGCAGACAUGUAAAGGGGGCAUUGGGAAGAAAUCCCCUGUCCCCCUCUUCAUCCACCCUUGUUCCACUCAUCUGGACCAUCACAUACCACUAGUCCAGGCAGGGCUGCAGCCUGGCACAGGGCAGCUCCGUGGGGCACCAGGGCUCGCUGGCAAACCCUCCGGCCCCCACCUCAGAUUUAUCUGGCGACUGCAAACAAAACCUGCCCCGUUUUUCAGCUACGCUGCCCGAGCCACUUAACAUAGGAGCAACAACGCAGCGGUGCAUCCCUUACCCUGUAAGCCCGUAGUGAUGAGCACAUGGGAUGCCACUAGGGUGCCAUCCCUCUCGUCCCCUGGCUCUGGUGCUCAGCAUGCUUUGUAGACGCUAACUCCGGAAAGCUCAUCCCUGGAUGCAAAGGGUGUUGCUAGGGGAGACCUAGGUACUGCCCGGCAUCUGGGACUCAGCCCCACUCAAGGGUGCCCUGCAAAUGCCUUUUAGGUGGUACUCACUGCCAUGGGGUCCCUGCAAUGGCUGGUCCCAAGGUCAGGCUGAGGAUGGCUUGGGGUCAAGGGGUUCAUCUGGUCCUCCGCGUCCUGCAUCCUGGGAUGAUCCAGGCUGUGCUCAAGCAGCCUCCAGCUGGAGCGUUUGCAGUACACAUCGCUACUGAAGCAAUGUACUAAUGUCCGCAGCAGCAUGAGACGAGAAAUAAAGCUAAUGCAAAUGC